CAAGGAUAAUUUCUUUGAAAGAGUCGAGGACUCUCGUAUAUCUUAGUGUCAGAUUCAGCGGUUCCGAAGGCCUCACGAAUGCAUGGCGUCAGUUCCAGCUUUAUGGAUACUUCGUAGGAAAUCGCUGGUGCUCCCGCCGUCGCUCGGGGCUGAAAUUUUUUCUACAGUACUUGAAUACGGAAAAAUAAACAAGAAUGCGCACCCCCGCUGAGACUGAGACACUAUCUCAGCCUGAGAUGUACAAAUUCGAGUCUCAGGAAACAGAAGCGCCAACCAGUGUCAAUCAAGUAGUUCUAUCACCAUCUCACCCGGAAACGCACAUAUUUACUAAUAGCAUGUUAUGCAUUCAAGAAGAAUUGGGCCAGUUAGGUGGGAUCGCAGGAGGUCCUAUAAUUACAGACCCACGUGAAGUUCAGUUACCUAAUAACAGCCAUACCAAUUCUGAAAGCAAUAGUAAUUCCAGUGAAACUGCAACAAAAUGCACUCCAGGUUCAGGGACUCUGGAUGCACAAAGAACAAGUUGGGUGGAAGGUAUAUUGGGAUGUAUGCGUCCAGUUUGGACUAUGCUUUCGAAAGCAGCUGUAAAUGAGAAAAUUAAAGGGCACCAAACGGAUGAUUGGGAAAUACCGUUUGAGUCGAUUAGCGAAUUACAGUGGCUUGGAUCUGGAGCUCAAGGGGCAGUAUUUAGUGGUAAAUUAAAUAAAGAAAUUGUAGCUGUAAAAAAAGUGCGUGAACCACGUGAGACUGACAUAAGACAUUUACGAAAGCUUAAUCAUCCAAACAUUGUUCAAUUUAAAGGAGUGUGCACACAAGCACCAUGUUACUGUAUAAUAAUGGAAUUCUGUCCAUAUGGACCAUUAUAUGACCUUCUCAGAGCUGGAGAGCCUGUACCACCUCCUAGAUUAGUGUCAUGGUCCAAACAGAUUGCAGCUGGAAUGGCCUAUCUUCAUGCACAUAAAAUUAUACACAGGGAUCUUAAAAGUCCAAAUGUACUGAUUGGACAAGGAGAAGUUGUAAAAAUUAGCGAUUUCGGAACUAGCAGAGAGUGGAAUGAAAUUAGUACAAGAAUGAGUUUCGCCGGUACUGUUGCCUGGAUGGCUCCAGAAAUAAUCAGGAAUGAACCUUGUUCUGAAAAAGUGGAUAUAUGGUCGUAUGGCGUUGUAUUGUGGGAACUAUUAAGUGGAGAAAUACCUUAUAAAGAUGUAGAUUCUUCUGCAAUUAUAUGGGGCGUAGGCAAUAAUUCUCUUCAUUUACCAAUUCCUGCAAGUUGUCCAGAAGGUUACAGGUUACUCGUAAAGCAAUGUUGGGCUGCAAAACCACGCAAUAGACCUUCCUUUAAACACAUCGAAAUUCAUCUUGGUAUCGCAGCAGUUGAAGUGUUAUGUACAAAACCUGAUGAGUAUUUUAAGACACAGCAAUCUUGGAAAAAAGAAAUCAGAGAUCACAUGAAACAGAUGCAAACGAAUAGUUGUAGUAGCCCUAGAUUUGAAGCUGAUCUGAUUCGACGACGUGAGGAUGAACUAAGACAUGCUCAAGAUAUUCGGGAACACUACGAACGUAAACUGGAACGAACUAACAAUUUGUAUUUAGAAUUAAGUGCUGUUUUACUGCAGUUGGAACAGCGUGAACGAGAUGUGAUGAAGCGGGAACAACAAAACGGACAUAAACAAUGUAAAAAACGUCUUGUACAUCCCCUUUUAAAAGCUCAAGAAAGACUUCAUCGUAGACGUAAUCAAACUACACAAUUUUCAACAUCAUCUACACCAACAACACCACCAUCACCAACAGAUUGCCCCCAGAGUCCUGUGAAAGCAACUAUGUAUACACAGUUAAAUGAGUCUAAUCAACCAGAAACAAUUCUAGCUCCGAAUAAUAGUUUUAAACAACGUAAAUACAGACAUCGUAGGGUGGGAUCUUAAAAUAAAUAUUUUCAAGAAAUAUAUAUAUAUAUAUAUAUAACUUCCUUUUUUUCUAAUUCAAAUACAGAAGUAUGUGCACGUUUUGUGGACAGUCAAACACAAACAGAUGUAAUGGACAUCAGUGAAACUGAUUUCAGUCCUGUCACAAAUACAACAGUACCAACAACAGAAAAGCUUUCUGUAAAUAGCAUUAAUAAACAAUCAUUAAGUAAACAAGUACCAGAGUGUUUAAAUGGGAACUCAAUUCUGUCUGAAGUUCAUUACAGAAUGCAAUCUAGUUCUUGUUCCAGUCCAGAACCGUCAAAUGAAAAUCAUGUAAAUGGAAAUGAGCGUUUGAAGGACUGUAGUGAUGACGAUAAUCUCGAAACACUUGGCCGAAAAGUUAGUGAAAUUAUCAAUGCUAAUCGCCUUAUUUCUCCCAUAGAUAAUGGAAACUGUGACGAUGUGAUAAUAUCACAUAGAGGUAAAGAAGAAUCAGUGAAACUAUCUGGACAUUUUUGUGGAAUUAUUAUUAAUGGUACUAAUGUGCAGCAAGAACAGUCUGAAAUUAGGACACGGCCUGGAUCGGAAAGCAUAGACACAUUGUGUGAUCACGAGGAUGAUAAUUGCGAAGAAAGUUGGUCAGAUGAAGAAGGAGAAGAUCCAAGUUAUACGUAUAAUUACUCUCUAAGACGAAGAAGUAUUGCAAGAAGACCAAUUGGUCCUGGGUGUAGAUUAAGAAGGUUUAAACAUGCUACAGUGCGAAUAGAAGGAGUAUUAGCUUCUGAUGAAGAAAAUACUUCUGAAUAUUCACAUCCUCCGUCCAGUCAAUCCUCCACGUUGGAGAGCAAUCCUGAUGUGCAAAGAGUACUUCGUAAUAUUCAUUAUUCCCAUAAGAGAAAAGAGAUAGAUGAUGUUUCUGAUACGUCAAGUCAAUCAGAAACGGACGAAGUCAGUGAGAUUACAAUUGCACCUCAACCAGUAGGUGCGAAUUUGAAAAUAGAAAGCAGCGUCUAGAUUAACGUGUUUUUUUAUAUCUCAUUUAUGAGUGAUAUAUUAUAAGUACCUAAU